CUCCUUCCAGGAUCUACUACCGGGUUAGGUUCAGCAGCGGAUGUGUGACGCAAGCAGUUGUAAGGAUAUCCCCCCCCUCAACUUCUCUCAACAAGUUUGGAUAUUUUAUUUUAAAACAUUCCUGUCUGGAUGUGCGAUUUUAGUAUCUGUUGUAACACUGAUUUAAUCCGUGAGAUAGUGAAACUGUCAGUUUCCUCCUGUCUUCCUCGGUAGCUAACGUUAGCUGCUGGUCACUGUAUCUACAUGGGAGCUAGCUCGUUAGCAUCCAGUCGAUUUUACACGAUUUAACUUUUUUUUUUUAGAGUUAUUUCUGAAAGGCGUAGUCUCUCCUCCCCUCGUCCUUGUCACAAACAAACCCCCCCAACCACUGGGCCUCCCUAUGUACUUUGAAACACUGGGUGCCCGCGGAGUCACCCCACCUGAACCCUCCUGUUGACCGGAUCUAUCUUUAAAUGGCUACCGCAGCUCCCGCUCCAGCCUCUGGCUCCACUGCGGCCACUGACAACCCAAAUCCCGGAUCCAGUAGCUCGUCUGCGCCCGACAGCGGCAACCAGGACAGCACUUUCGAGUGUAAUAUAUGUCUGGACACCGCCAAGGAUGCAGUUAUCAGUCUGUGUGGACACCUUUUCUGUUGGCCUUGCUUGCAUCAGUGGUUGGAGACAAGACCCAACAGACAAGUGUGUCCGGUGUGUAAAGCUGGCAUCAGCCGGGACAAAGUUAUCCCCUUAUACGGGCGGGGAAGCACAGGUCAACAAGACCCCAGAGAAAGAACACCUCCUCGACCACAGGGGCAAAGACCUGAGCCAGAAAACCGUGGUGGAUUUCAAGGCUUUGGUUUUGGAGAUGGAGGGUUCCAAAUGUCGUUUGGAAUCGGCGCGUUUCCGUUUGGUAUUUUUGCUACAGCUUUCAACAUCAAUGACGGAAGGCCUCCUCCAGCAGCUCCUGGGACACCACAGCACAUGGAUGAACAGUUUCUCUCUCGACUCUUCCUGUUUGUCGCUCUGGUGAUUAUGUUCUGGCUGCUGAUUGCAUAAGAGCAAUUAAAAAAAAAAAAAAAAAAAAA